UUUUACUCAUAUUAUAGAAAUAAUGGAGUCUAAUGAACCUGACACCAGCGUUUCCCAUAGCGUGUGCCUGGAUAAGACAGAAGGGAAGCUGGUAGGAGAAGGGGAGAAUAUUUAUGGAGAUGAUGGUGAUAGUAAGAAAAUAGAGGAAAACAAGAUAGGGAGUGAAAGAGAUAUACCCCAGGAGAUAACUAUACUCCCUCCUGACUCAGUAGACCUAGCUGAGAGUGAGGAACUUGAAAGAAAAGCAUCCAUUCCUACUUAUAAGGUGGUGAAACCUCAGCCAGGAAGGCGUCUUAAGCCAGCUGAAAAGAAAUGGAUUGAUAUUAUGAUAAAGCACAAUAUUAUAAAAGAACAGACCAUAAUUGAGCUUAGGAAAAUGAAGAAGAUUGGAGGAAAUUAAAAACACUUAUAAGAUCUUAAAGCAAAUUUUAGCCAGAAAUUUGAGACUUGAAAACUCUGCGUCCUUCGCUCUACCAGAAUACACUGACCUUACCGAAAUGAUGGUCCAGAAGGAAAUGGACAAAAAGGCCUCAAUGGCUGAGUUUCAGCACAUGCGCAGACUUAAGAAAGUGGCUCGUAAAGAGCAGAAAACUCCCAGGUGCAUGAUCAGAUAUAGCAGUGACUUCCGUCUGUACUGGGACUGAUGGAUCAUUCUGCUGGCAAUCUGGAACGCUUUGUACAUACCCUACGACAUUGCUUUCCAGCCGUCAUUUUCGGAGAAUGCUCUCAUGAUUAUCUUCAACGCUCUGAUUGACUUCAACUUCUUGAUCGACAUUUGUCUGACAUUUAGGACGACUUACUACGAUGAAGAAGGUGAAGAAGUGUUUGACGCCAAGAAAAUUGCUAAGAAGUAUUUGUUGGGCAGACUCUUUGUAGACUUGAUUUCUACAGUUCCGCUCGACAGUGUGGGCAGUCUUUCAAUUUUGCAGACGUUCCAGCUUCUGAAACUGUUCAGACUUUCUAGGAUUUCGAAGAUCAUCAAGAACUUGCCAAUGAAAGAAGACAUCAAGGCUGGCAUCAAAGUGCUCAAUCUAAUAUUCAUGCUGUUCAUCUACAUCCACUGCAUCGCUUGUCUGGACUUCUUGAUCGUGAAUCAUUACAAAAACUGGUGUCCACCGCUGUGGUACUACAGUUGAGACGACAACGACUUGUACACAAGCAGCAACUUGAGGCAGUAUGCCAUCAGCCUUUAUAUUUCGAUUCUGCUAUUUGGUGGAAACGAAAUUGGAGGAACCAACGAAGCCGAAUUGGCUUUCACCGGAAUGGUCAUGCUGUUUUCAGCAAUCGUCAAUGCUCUUAUUUUCGGAGAAAUGGCAGUUCUUGUAGAAGCAAUUAGUAGGAAGGAAACAGAAUUUCAGGAGAAGAUUGACACUACUAAUUCGGCUUUAAAAUAACCUGUGAUUCCCAUUGCAUUCAAAAUCAAGCUCUAUUUUCAACUGAAAAACUGUGUUUGUUAAUGACAAAGAUAACCCAUUUUCUGGAGGCUCUGGUGAGCGAUUGAACAGAUCUGAUACUCUUCAGGAAGAGGUUAGAGAUUUUCUAAUUUUCACUCAAGGAACUCUAGAACAGCAAGAAGAGAUGGCUCAGUUCUUCUCUCUUCUAUCAGCAAGUCUUAAGAUUGAUGUUAGUCAGCAGAUCUUUUACAGUGUGGCUAAGAACAAUUCGAUCAUUCAGGAUUUGGUUAGGAUAACACUAGAUGAAUAUACAAAGACACUUUUUAUGCUAGAUAACCUCGCUGAAAAAGAGAAAGCAAUCAAUAAAAAAGAGAGAGAAAUUAUCCUUGAGUUUGUGAAGUAUCUUACUGUUGAGCUUAAGAAUCCAGAGGAUAUUAUAAUCGCUCAGGACUCACGAUCUCAAGAAAUGUACUUCAUUGCCAACGGAGUCUGAUCAGUCACUGUGGUGGAUCAUGACAAGAAGGUUAGUACAGUAAGACACUUACUUCCUGGUAACCACUUCGGUGAAAUUGGGAUGAUAUACGAUACCCCAAGGACGGCUUCAGUUUUGUCUAAAAAUUACUGAACGCUUGCAAAGAUGUCAGUCGAGGUAUUUCAUGAGCUGAUAACCGAAUAUCCUUCUCUAGUUAGCAUGUUUAAAGAGCAUAUUUACACAGAAUAUGAUGAUCCACUGACUUGCUUUGUUAAAUAAAUCAUUAGAGAGGAUCCCCUACUUCCAAGGUAUUGGCAACGAAGCACUGUACGAUGCCAUGUUCACUUUGACAAAAAGAUUUUGUGUGAAGGGGGAAGUUCUCCAGAGUGCUAAUGAAAGUGCAACAUCUAUGUAUGUCCUUGUUAAUGGAGUUGUUGAGCUUUAUACUCAAUUUGAGAAUAGCAACUUUGUACUAGAGCGUCUAUGGAAAGGAUCAGUUAUCAAUUACCGUACAUUUUGUACGAAGAAUGAUUUCAUAAUAAAACCUGGCAGCCAUAGUAAAAGUUCUCAGGAUCAUAAAGCCCUAGUUUGCACUAGAUUAAUGACCAAGGGAAUUCUAUUGGAGCUGCAAUAUGAUAAAAUAUUAACCUUAUGUAAAACUCAUGAAGAUUUGGAGAAGAAGUUCCUAAAGUUUCAAAAGCAGUUCUUCCAAGAGAACAAGUCUUACCCGCUUGAUUAUAUCAUGAAUCUCCCUGAAAGCCACUUUGGGCAAGAUGAAGUCCAGGAAAAAUAUGCUGCUAUUAACCGAGAGAAUAUCUUCAAAAAUGUUGUAAUGAGGCGAAUCAAGGAGAUCAGAGAGAUUAAGGCAAAGCCUAAACUCUUCCAACAACUCGAGACUAAGAAUAUCUCUGACUGGAAAGCAAGGAUCCAGAUUAAAAGAAAGAUACGAGAGAUGAAAGAGAAACAGGCUGCUGAGCAAUUUGAGGACGAAGUCACUGACCAGUUUAAGAAGUUAAUAUCCAAGCUUGAGAGAACUCUGAAGGUGCUGACUGCUGAGAAUAUUGCUCUGAAUAACAUUGAAACUAAGUUAAUCGAACUUUCAAAAGGUAAUGUGACAACAGUCAGGAGACCCUCAGUCCUUGCUAUAAAGAAGAAAGUUGAAGAAACACAGAAGUCAAAGAAAACCAGGAUUCAAGCAUACGAGAGAAUAGAAGAUGAAGAUUAUGAUAGUGGCAAUGAAGAAGCAAAAGCUAGCAGGAUUCAAGAAAUUACUCAAGCUAAUAUGGGUAUCAAAAACCUUGUGGAUGGAAUCAACAUUUCAGGAAAACAAAGAGAGGAGCUGGAGUUUUCCUUCUCAAGUCAAUCUUCACUGCCUUAA